CUUGAAGUUGCAAUAGGUUGCGGGCGUGUAACUUUAUGAAACGUGUCCAAGUCGCGACAAAGUCUACAAUUGCAGCAGACUUCUCAAACACAAACGUUUCUUACUGCUGCGCUUCACUGAUUUGCUCUCCCUUCAUUGCUCACUCGAGGUUGGCCACUACUGACGAUUAAUUCAGCCUCUCACAAAUGUCUGAGGAUGAUGAUCGCGCCGCGAAGGCCGCUCGGGCAAAGGCCUUGCUCGACAAGCGACGACGGAAGAAAGUUGCUGGCAGCAGCGCGUUGGCAAGUCCACCUCCGUCGAGGUCGUUCACUCCUGCUCUCCAGGAGUCUGCACCGUCCACGGAGGACACCAAGAAUGAUGUCGCUGACCUCUUCACACCAGCAGAUUCGGACGCGAACUGGAUCGAGUCUCUAUCUAGGGCGGACGUGCCGCACUCGACAGCUUCCAAUAUUCCGCCGCCAUAUGCGCCUACUUCAUCAUUUCUUUCUGGGCAAGCAGAGACAUUGCAGUCUCAGGUGACAUCCCUGCAGACAACAGUUGCUUCUGUUCAAAGUGAGAACAGUAGCUUACGGAGUUCGCUAGAAUCACUCGAGACAGACACCAAAGCCCAGCUAAAGAAGCUCGAAGAAGAAAAUAGCACACUUAAGCUUCAGCUUCAUCAGGAACAGCAGCGUGCUCAAGAUACGUCGAGACGUGUGGAGGUAGUGGUCCAAGAGAAGCGGUCAUUGGAGGAUGCGCACCGCUCAAGUCAGGCAGAGAUUCUGCAAUCGAAGUCGCAGGCUGAUGAGCUUCGCCGGAGUCAUGCAAGGGAACUUGAUGAUCAUCGCCACAUAGCGAAUUUACACAAGGAAGAGGUCGAGAAGCUUUCAAACCAGCUCGGCGCAGCACGCGUUGAAAUACAAGACUGUCACUCUAAAGAGGUGGAGUCCACUAAACGUCGGAACGAGCAGGAUGAAAACCAUCAGAAGACCAUUUCCCUCCUUGUUUCAGAAAAGACAUCAUUGCUGGCUUCAGUUGCUCGUCUGGAGCAGCUCGAGAUGGAGACGCAAGAGAAGGGUGAAUUGCUUCAGGCUGAACGCGAACAAUCGCAGUCGCUCGAUGAACGCGUCAAAGACCUGGAGAACAGUUCUUCUAAGCUCGACAUGCAACUACAAGAAACCCUGAUACGAGAAAGAGACCUGGCUGAAAAGUCGCGAGAUCAAGAAAGAGAACUGCAGCUUCUCAAUGCUUCUCUGGAGGAAGUGAGGUCUGCAUCCGAACAGCAUCGACAACGUGUUCGCGAACUCGAGGAGCAAAUAGAAAGUGAUGAUCGUGCCGAACGGCUGGAGGAGUCACUCAAGAACACUCAGGAUCGCGCCGAGGAGCUCGAGUUUCAGCUCUCUAAGCUCAAACAGUAGACUCUCGCGAACGCAAAACACGAGAAGGAUGAGCUACAGUCUCAGCUUCAAUUGCGAGAUGAUAGCGAAACCGAGUGGAAGGCUAAGCACGCAAGUCUCGAGGAGCAACACUUAUCCCUCCAAGAGUGUAUCCACACUGCCAACCAAGAUCGCGAUGCGUUGCUUGAAGAGCGCGCGUCACUCCAGUCCCAGGUU